AACCCUUUCUCCCAUACUCUCCAUAAACCAUUCACACACACUCAUUCAAAUUACAGAGUAACAUUCUCGUACACAAACUAAUCAACCUUUGUUAUACCUUUUUAUGCCCUAAUAUGGCCAAAGAAGGUCUUGGACUUGAAAUCACGGAGCUGAGAUUAGGUCUACCCGAUGCUGAACAACAUGUGAGUGUGGCGAACAAGAACAAUAAGAGGGCGUUCUCGGAGAUUGAUGAUGUUGGAGAUCAAAACAGCUCCUCCGGCGGCGGCGGUGACCGGAAAAUGGAGAACAAGAACCAGGUGGUGGGGUGGCCUCCGGUGUGCUCGUACAGGAAGAAGAACAGUGUGAACGAAGCCUCGAAAAUGUACGUUAAGGUUAGCAUGGAUGGUGCUCCUUUCUUGCGUAAAAUGGAUCUGGGUAUGCACAAAGGAUACUCCGAUUUAGCCUUCGCUUUGGAGAAGCUCUUUGGUUGCUAUGGAAUGGUGGAAGCAUUGAAGAAUGCAGAGAAUAGUGAACACGUGCCCAUUUAUGAGGACAAAGAUGGUGACUGGAUGCUUGUUGGAGAUGUCCCAUGGGAAAUGUUCAUGGAGUCAUGCAAGAGGUUGAGGAUUAUGAAGAGAGCAGAUGCAAAGGGGUUCGAUUUGCAACCAAAAGGAUCUUUAAAGGGAUUCAUAGAAAGCGUGGGAAAGUGAAAAAAUGUUAAUGUUGUGCACUUUUGAUGAUGAUAAUUUAUGUUAUGGUUUUCUUAUAUUAAUUUGAGAAAGCAUGCCUUUUUAGUUUGAUAUAUGAAUCAGACUUUUGUUUAUGUUAAGUGUUAAUGGAUGACACAUAGGACCCUAUACAAUCAAUAGGGAAAACUCAUCUUUUUUUAGAUUAAUGAUUUAUCUAUUUUCUUCAAUUGCACUGUAUCAGUA